ACCACCGACACCUUGGUGUUAGUGACAGACUCAAGCAUCAUUUCCCAGCACAAUCGCGGACCUAUUACCACACUAUUUGUACCCCCAGCCUCCUGCGUCCAGACGCUCACCCUGGCAUAUCCAAAUGGGGAUUAUGGAAUGCAAUAUGGCUACGGAGGGAGAAGUUACAUAGACUUAGCCUGCUACCCCUCUGCAUCAUCACUAGCCAAAGAACUAGGGACGAGUGUAGAUUUGACCUCUUAUUUCACGGGCACGAGCGCAGAUUGGGCCUCCUACUAUUAUUCUCCAGCAAUAUGUCCAUACGGGUAUUACACAGCGAAAACAUUCUCCACCACCAUUGACGAUCCGUACGACCCCCCCGGCUCCAAUGUAAUAGCUAUUGGCUCCGAGACUACCGCAGCGUUAUGCUGCCCUAGCGGAUACGACUACCAGGCUUUCAAUCACUGGUGCAGCUCCACCAUCACUGCAAACCAGAUCAUCGCCUACAUAUCUCCCAGAGUCGACGGCCCAAAGGGUUGGGUUCCGGGGCCAGUGUCGUUCAGCACGUAUCCGGCGGCGUCAUACGUAUGGGGAAAUGGGGUUCCCGUUUGGUAUCAAGGUUCAGACGCCGCGGUGCUCACGGCCAUACCAACCAUGACACCACCAAGCAAGUCAUCCACGCCACGCCCAACUGUAUCAUCCACGAUACCCCCAACCAUGACACCCAUAGCUUCUAUUCCUUCAAAGCCUAGCCUCUCCACCGGCACAAAAGUGGGCAUGGGCGUGGGGAUCCCGCUCGUCACCUGCGCCGCCAUUGCAAUAAUCUUCUUCUUCUUCCGCUCCCGCCGCCGGAGGCACGUU